AAAAAAAUACAUGUCAGAAAGACUUGGAAGCACAAGCAGGUUGUGAUUUUUCAACCAUGGAAAGAAAGAGAUUGGUCCCUGCCAUUAAAAUAUUCAUCUUCAGUUUGUUAGCAUUUACCUUGACUCUUUGUGUUUUGGAAUCAGAUCAACUUCAUUAUGCACCUGCCAUUUUAAGGGAAUUCAAGAACAUAAUCUUAUCCAUAUUGGGAGAAAGAACGUUGUCUCCACACAAUCUGGAGAAAACUUGGGUGUUGAGUCCAAAUCUAUCGACAUGUCACCAAUCUCUUGGUCGUGUAGGCUUGCAUGUGUACUGUUGUCCUCCGAAACCAGAAUCAGAAGAGCCUGUUAUUGAUUUCCAGUUCCCUGAUCCUUCAUCUCCUCUGCGGACACGAAGACCUGCUCACCGUCUCGACGACAACUACAUUUCCAAGUACAAAAAGGCCUUGGACAUCAUGAAAUCACUUCCCUACGAUGAUCCUAGAAGCUUUAUGCGUCAAGCAGACAUGCAUUGCCUAUACUGCACUGGUGCAUAUAACCAGCAACAUACCAAUUAUCCCCUCAAUAUACAUAGAUCAUGGUUGUUCUUUCCCUGGCACCGUAUGAUGAUGUACUUUCAUGAACGAAUACUCGGGAGUCUAAUUGGGGACGACACGUUUGCUUUGCCAUUCUGGGCUUGGGACAUUCCUGAUGGGAUGAUGACUCCAGAAAUGUACUUGAAUGAACCAUUUACAAACCAUAGACGCGACACUUCACAUUAUUCUAAAGUAGUUGAUUUGAAUUAUGGUUGCGAAAAAUACAGCUGCUCGGAGCGGGGUUUGAGCUCUCAGGAGCAAAUUGACUACAAUUUGGCACUGAUGUACAACCAUGUUGUUUCUGGUGCAAAGAAGAUGGAGCUCUUCAUGGGUUGUCCGCUUAAGGCAGGGGAAUCAGGGUUUUGUGAUGGAAAAGGCACUAUAGAAACUGCACCACACAAUACUGUACACAAGUGGAUAGGGAGUGGAACUUUCCCUGGAAGAGAAGAUAUGGGUGUAUUCUACUCAGCUGCAAGAGACCCUAGUUUCUAUGCACAUCACACCAAUAUCGACCGCCUUUGGGAGGUUUGGAGAGGCCUCCAUGACAACGUCAAUAUGACCGAUCCGGACUGGUUAAACACUGCAUUUUACUUCCACAAUGAGAAGUCACAGCUUGUGAGGAUCAGAAUUCGAGAUGUUCUUGACAUUACGAAGCUUAGGUACGCGUAUGAGGAGGUUGAACUCGUGUGGCUCGAUAGGCGUCCUAAGCCAUCAGUGCCACCCAAAGUUGCACAUCACAUAUUGAACAUGAGGGAGAGGGAGAAUGGAUUGCAACUGCCAAGCAAUCACAAUUUAUCGGGGGAUUUUAGUCCUCGCGCUAGAACUCUUGACAGAAGCAUAAUAAUGAAUGUCCAGAGACCGUGGCAGUGGAGAGCGAGAGGGAAAGGAGAAGAGGAGGUUUUGAUUGUGUAUGGAAUUGAUGUUAAAGAAGACGUACAUGUUAAGUUUGAUGUGUAUGUAAAUGUAGUUGAUGAGAGCAUCAUGAGUCCAUUCUAUAGGGAGUUUGCAGGUACUUUUGUGCACAUGCCUCGCGGCGUAGAUAUGGUGAGUAAGGACGAUGAUAUUGUGAGGAGGAAGAGGAAGGCCACUCUGAAGUUGGGAAUAUCUGAGCUCUUAGAAGAUUUAGAGGCAGAUAGAGAUGAAUUCAUUUGGGUAACAUUGUUUCCAAGAACCAGGAGUUGUAUCAACACAACUAUUGAUGGGAUGCUGAUUGAUUAUAUUCAAUGAGUGCAGCUAGCACUGUAUACCAGGAAAUGAGAUUGUGUUAAGCGCUGAAGUUUCUCCUUUGAACAGAAGUGUUGCCUUCAUUGACAAAGACCCACGUUGCUUCCCACAUCUUUGUGUAACAUAAAUGUUAUUUUUAGUCACUUACAAAUAGCUCAUGUUACUAGAGGGACGGAGCCACGUGCAUAGGGCCCCAAGGGGGCACGUUCCCCUUGGAUUUUGAAAUAUUUCACC